AUGCUUUUACUUAUAAAUCACUAUCCUUGGAUAUUGAUCGAAGAGACGAUGGACAUAACUAUUUCGCAAGAAUCAUUUCUAUCAAAUGACAAAAAUAAGUUGAGGCUGAUAUCAAUGUUGACAGGGAAAUUAUUGAAGUCAGGUAUUUACGUAUUACAAGCAGAAGACGAUGCUGACACACUUAUUGUACAUACGGCAAUACAAAAAUCAAAUUAUAACACAAAAGUUGUGGUCAUUGGAGAGGACGUAGAUUUGAUCAUACUUUUAUUGACGUUAACUCCAGAUGAUUCGCAGAUUUUUUUUUAA